GGAAACCACAGUAACCUUGAAUUGCAAGGGGUGAUUAUUACGCUAUUUACAUAAAUACGCAGUGACGGUGUUGUGCAUUUCGUUAAUACUACAGGCUGUGCAGUCCUCAACAGUAUCAUCGACUGGACCUUAGCGCACAAACGGAUCCUUGUAAUAUGAAGUGCAGCAUCGGGUAACCAAAAAGAAGGCGGUCGACAGUACAAAUCAAACGAAGAGAAGCGGUCAGAACAAUCGGACACUAACAGCAUUGCGUAUUAUAAUGUCCGAACUAUGCACUGUAGAAGAUGUAGAUUCCAUACGAGAGAAAUUCCAACAGUAUGACAUUCGAGGAAAUAUCAGGGUCGAUUAUCCGCACACUCUAUAUCCACAUCUAAAACGAUCAAGUGUACUGGUGCCAAUAUUUUUCAAGACGGGUCAGUGGCGUGUGUUGCUAACCAUUCGCUCCCGCAAGCUGAAAAACCACACAGGAAGUGUGGCAUUCCCUGGUGGGGUUAGCGACCAAUCAGAUGCAGAUGAAGUUAGCACUGCACUUCGGGAAGCCGAGGAGGAAGUUGGUCUCUUGAGACAAGACGUCAAAGUCGUUGCCGUUCUACACCCUUGUUUUGUCGCUCCCGGGAACGUCGUUUUCCCUGUAGUUGGCGUUAUAAACAGAGACUUUGUUCCCAAGCUCAACAGCGAUGAAGUGGAGGCUGUUUUCGACCUUCCUCUUGAACAAUUUCUUCACGGUUCUAAUAAAAGCCACACUUGGAAUCCGUUUGGACAUGAGAUUCAUGUUUAUGUUUUCCCCUGUGUUGUUGGUGAUAAACAUGUAGAUGUCUGGGGUUUCACUGCCGUGGUAUGUGUGUCCGUCGCUUAUGUGUUGUUUAAUGUUAAGAAACGUGCUCGUAUUUUAACACAGUCGAACGAAGCAGAUGAUGACAUCUUUGGCGAUUUUGUAUUUACUUUCCAUCAUUUGUGCCAGAACAUGAAAGCGCGUCUGUGAUGUUGGACAAUUCGCAUACGUCAUUCAGUUGACGUAAAUACACUACAUGUAAAAUGUAGACUGUUUCACUGAUGAUAGAACAUUAAAGUGCAUUUGUUUAGUUCCAUCAGCAUUAAAAUAUUAUAGUCAAAA